AUGCCAAUUUCCGCCUCAGCCAUUCGGCAUUCUUCCCUGUUAAUAGCUGCUAAAAACCCUAAUUAUUCACUCAAAAAAUACCUCCUUUUCAGCACUUGUUCUUCGAUCGCAGCCGAGCAAUUUCUGAUUCAUUUGGGGAAAGAUCAAACGCACGUCGAGAAAACCCUCAACACAGUGAAAGCCAAGCUGGAUUCCCUCUGCGUGGCACAAGUGGUAGAAAGGUGCGCUAUCGAUAAACCUCAAUUAGGUAUCAGGUUCUUCAUUUGGGCUGGCCUUCACCCCAACCACAGGCACACUUCAUACAUGUACAACAAAGCUUGUAAAUUGCUCGAUGUCGAGCAGAACCCCCGAAUUAUCGUCGAUGUCAUUGAUGGAUAUAUGGCUGAAGGUUUUGUUGUUAGCAUCAAAAUGUUUAAGGUUGUUUUGAAUUUGUGUAGAGCAGCGAAAGACGCGAAAUUGGGAUUAUUGGUUUUGAGGAAAAUGAAGGAAUUUAACUGCAGGCCCGAUACGGUGUCGUACAAUCUUGUAAUUAGGUUGCUUGUGGAGAAGAGUCAGUUAGACGAGGCUUUGGGAUUGAUGAGGGAGAUGGGUUUAAUCGAUCUUUAUCCUGAUAUGGUUACCUACGUUUCGAUUAUUAAAGGGUUUUGUGAUGCAGGGAGAUUGGAGGAUGCUUUUGGAUUGAUUAAGCUUAUGAAAGGGCACGGCUGUGUGGCGAAUGCUGUUGUCUACUCGACAAUUCUUGAUGGGAUUUGUACUCACGGGAAUUUGGAUAUGGCGUCGGAGCUUUUAUGUGGGAUGGAGAAAGAAGACGGAGAUUGCAAGCCGAAUGUUGUAACGUACACAACGAUGAUAAAGGGCUUUGUCGAAAAGGGGAGGGCGAAGGAGGCGUUAAAGAUCUUGGAUCGAAUGGAUGAGUCAAGAAUCAAACCGAAUAUAGUGACGUUUGCCGCAAUUCUCGACGGGCUCUGCAAACAAGGGCAUGUGGAGGAGGCUUGUGGGGUGGUUAAUAGAUUUAGUGAAGGUGGUGGAGGAGUUGAGAAUGAUGAGCUGUAUAGUUUGCUUGUGAUGUCACUAAUGCGAGCUGGCAAGAAAAACGAGUCGGAGAAUAUUUUUAGUAAGAUGAUGGCUCGUGGAAUGAGACCUAAUGGUUUGGCGUCGAGUAAUAUUAUUAGAACGAUGGUUUUGGAGGGAAGGGUGAUGGAUGGGUUUCGUGUGUUUGAUGCGCUUCAGAAGUCAGGAAAUUUGGUAGCUGUUCAUUCGGAUGUUUACUCGAAUUUAUUGGCAGGGCUUUGUGAAGAGAAUUGUUUCGUAGAAGCUGCGAGGAUUGUUAGCGUUAUGGUAGAGGGGAGAAUUCGCCUGAAAUCUACCUGCGCCGAGAAUAUAAUCGAACGUCUUAAUGUUUGUGGAGAGUGUGAUCUGGCUAAUGAAGUGGCUAGUAUUAAUAGGUAA